GAAAAACUAAUGUCAACUCCAGCACGGCAGACCAAAACAUUUAUAUUCUCAACAUUCUAAAUUGGACUUGGGUAGACACCUAUAUUCCAACCACUCUCGUCAAUCACUACCACAUAAAGUCAUCAUCGCCUUCCAGUUCGCUUUCCCGUAAUAUGAUAAUAGUCAUAGCCGUUGGCGGUUCGGUGAUCGUUUUAUUAUUAUUAAUGACAUUGAUUUACUGUCUGAACAGAAGAUAUAAGAUUUUGGGGUUCCUGUGCGUGCAAAAAAGUUCUCCACCACAAUCGCCGCCAAAUGGUGAUAGCGAUCUGGAGAGGAGUGAUGAUGGGAGUAAUGAGGACGAACCGAACUUACAUGUUGUAGAUAAUAAUCAGAUGGUAGAACAUCAUGGAUCUUUCGGCGGAUCGAUCGGGCAACCUAAGUCGCUUGACCCGGAGAGCGGCAAUGAAAUAAAUGCACCUUUUACCCCCAGUGAAUCGCCCUCAUCAUCUUCAGUGAAAUUUCUGCAGUUAUUGUCGAGUAACAAUGGUACGAAUACAAACAAUAACGAUUUUAAAAUAGAAACAGUGAUGGCUAGUAGCGAAAAUCUGUUGACUGCAGCGGAUCCGGUUGCAUCACAGACGCCAAACCCGGAGUACAGAACGUCAUCACCUGCGAGCGGCGCAAAAAAUGUGAGAACUGUGAAAUUCAGCGAAACAAAUACAACCAUUGCACCUACCGAAUUCGGAAGUAGCAAUAAUAGUAUGGAGAGUCUGAGGAUAACCAGUGAAGAUGACAACAGAGUGAUUGGAAAUGACGAAGAUGAUAAUCAAGCAGGCCCAAGUAAUUCGUGGAGAAGCAGUUUGAUGAACUUGGGUAGCAUGAGUAAUUUCUCGGGUUUAAGGAGAAACAGUUUCAGUUUCAUAUUUGGGAGGAAUAGUAAUAAUUCAAGAAGCGAUGAAGGUGGUUCCGCUGGAAGAAGAUGGAGAACAGGUGAUGAAGAGACGAGGUCCAGAUCUAGCAUCGAUAGCGUAAACAUUAGUAAUAUUGGCAUAGGAUGGGAUGUACAACACCAUCGUGGUGACUCAGUGGUCGUGGCGAGAAGUGAGUUGAGAGUUGUUAAUCCGGAUGUUCGUGAUGAAAGCGAGGACAGUAGUUCCGAGACUGGAUCAUCUUCCGCUGAAUCUGGUGGUCACCAUUUGGAAGGAGAGAGUGAAACGUCAUAG